GACUGACACGCCCCCUCCGCGGGGAGGGCGGGGCCUGCGGGGUGAGGGGUCGGUAAAUAUUGGUGACGUCAGGCCGCCAAGAUGGCGGAGGGGGAGGACGCGGGCUGGUGGCGGAGCUGGCUGCAGCAGAGCUACCAAGCCGUCAAGGAGAAGUCCACAGAAGCUUUGGAAUUCAUGAAGCGGGACCUGGCUGAAUUCACCCAAGUAGUGCAGCAUGACACAGCCUGCACUAUUGCUGCCACGGCCAGCGUGGUCAAGGACAAGCUGGCGAGGACAGAAGGUUCCUCAGGUGCGACUGAAAAGGUGAGGAAAGGGCUCUCUGACUUCCUGGGCGUCAUCUCGGACACGUUUGCUCCGUCCCCGGAUAAGACCAUCGACUGCGAUGUGAUAACGCUGAUGGCAACGCCCACAGGUACCACAGAGCCCUACGACAGUGCCAAGGCUCGUCUUUACAGCCUCCAGUCAGACCCGGCCACCUACUGCAAUGAACCUGACGGCCCUGCUGAGCUCCUGGAGGCCUGGCUGGCUCAGUUUAACCUGGAGGAGAAGAAAGGGGAGAUUGCGGAGCUGCUGGCCACCAGCCCUUCCAUCCGGGCUCUCUACAGCAAGAUGGUCCCUGUGGCUGUUUCCCAUUCUGAAUUCUGGCAGCGCUAUUUCUAUAAAGUGCAUCGCCUGGAGCAGGAUGAAGCGCGGAGGGAGGCUCUGAAGCAGCGAGCGGAGCAGAGCAUUCACCAGGAGGAGCCAGGCUGGGAGGAGGAUGAAGAGGAGUUCUUGGGGAUGUCACCCCUGCCUUGUGCAAACGUGAAAUUUCCAGAAGCAGCACAGAAAGAAUCUGCCCCCACAGCCCCGGAGGGAAACCACCCCACUGCUCCCAAGGGACCCUCGGAGGAAAGCCGGGCCGUCCUCCCUCCGGAGCCAGCCCCGGUGGAGAGGAGUCCCUCGGAGAGCAGUGAGAGCAUCUCCCUUGUGACUCAGAUUGCAAACCCUGCCUCUGUGCCUGCCGCGCAGCUACAGACCGGAGCACACCCAGCCGGGACCGGAGACCUCUCUCAGAAGCUGCUGGAGGCCACCUCGGAAGAGCAGAGCUCCCCAGCAAAACCCCCCGAACCUGCUCAUCCUUCUGCACCCACCCGGGAGUCCGUGGCAUCCUCAGAGCAACCGGCUGUUACAGAGCCCAAGGUCGUGGAGAGCAAAGCCCAGGGCAGGACAGAGACUCUGAAAGAGGACGGACCAACAGAUCUACGUGUCUUUGAGCUGAACUCGGACAGUGGGAAAUCCACUCCCUCCAACAACGGCAAGAAAGGCUCCAGCACAGACAUCAGUGAGGACUGGGAAAAGGACUUUGAUCUGGACAUGACUGAAGAGGAGGUGCAGCUGGCGCUCUCGAAGGUGGAAGUGUCUGGGGAGCUGGAAGAUGAGGAGUGGGAAGACUGGGAAUAAAGCGACUGCUUCCAGUGUGUCUCACAGGCUCAUUUCCACCAUCGAAUGUGAAUUAAAUCACGGACUGGCUGUUCCUUUGUGUGUAACUGUGCUGGGGAUUGCACUUCCAGGCUGGAGGAGUUUCAAUCCUGUGGGCGACUCGAGGGACCCCUUCAGACCUGGAGGAGGAGGAGGAGGAAGCAGGAGGUCACUCGUACGUUUAGCUGCUAGGGAGCCCGUCUUCUCUGUAGCUCCUAGAGACCGGCCAAGCCAGAACUGACUGCCCCGAAAGCGUCGGCGGGAGGCAGAUGUGAUGUGGUGAGGGGUCCCCGGGGCGAACUGGGUGCUCAGACACCCAGUGGGAUCCCUCGGUGCCACCCGACUGCCCGCUGGCCAAUUGUGCUUGUGUGCGCGUGUAAUCUGCAGUGCAGCAGCUCCAAGGCUCGUGGCUGCACGCUGUGCCCGCUCGCUCACCGCUCUGCGCUGCUGGCCGGGUCAUCCCUGCAGAACCCCCCGUGCUGGGAGUGACCGGGGCCGGACAAUGCGGUGGGGGAUGCCCCUUCUGCUGUGCCAGUCGUGGCUUGUGGCUUUGACCCAACGCUGGGCUGUGCCGAAAGGAGCCAAACUCCCUGCCAAACCCUGAGCUUCUGCCUGGCUUUUCCUCUGUGGAAGAUUAUUUUAAAUUGAAACUCCCGUUUCCUGGCACAAGAGCGGCAGCUCCUCGAAGAGCCCGAGACCUGCUUUCCCCUUCGCAGCUGCACUGCCUUCCUCUGCUGGGUUUUGUGUACUUCUAGUUGAAUUUCCCAAGCAAAGUACUUGUGGCUUGCUCUGACUUGAGCCCUUCUGGGCAGAGAGUGCUUUGGGUCACCCUGGGAGCAGAACCGCUCUGCACUGGUGCCCAGUUCAGCCCUUGCAAAACCCCAGUGUGGCCCUCUGACCACUUCAACCACAGUCCUUCCCGUUCCCCAUCACCCAAAUGGUGGUGGUGCCUGUUGGCACAGGCUGGGGGCUGUGUCUGUCCACUCCGCUGACUCCCCUUGGUUCCCAUGGCCACCAGUGUCACCAGUUUCUCUGUGCUCACUGGGGUUCCUCCACUUAACCCCUGUGACUGCCGGCAACGCUUUCUUCCCCUCUUUUGGGAACAAUUCCCUUCUAAUGGCACGAGAUGUUCCCCAGUGGAUGUUGCUAAUACACAAUUAUCCUAACAGGACAGAGCCCUCGCUGCUGUCUCUGGAAGAGUUGGGGUUUGGGGUUUUUGUUUUUCCUCCCCUGCUUUGGGGAAUUUCUCCACUGCAGCUGCUCCCACGGGUGCGGUGGUGGUGACGACUUCAGGCACUUACAGGAGAGCGUGUCUGUCCUGGAAAACCCAGGAGGGUCGUGCACUGAGCUACAUCUCGCCCCCCACAUGGUGCAUGGUCCAGCAGAGCCUCUGAAAUGCGCUGCAGCCUCACCCUGUUCUGGGCUCGAACUCAGCUGUAGCACGAAAACAGGUUGUGGGUCGGUGACACCCAUGGAGUGUCUGUGUUGGGGCUCGGGGCUGCGUUCCAUUGGGAUUUGAUGGAAUAAGUCGUGGCUGGGCCUGUGACGGAGCCCUGGGGGUGCAGUGCUCUCAUCUGUGUCACUUUUUUUUCUUUAGUCAAAUUAACCGUUUGGUUGUCUGUGCAAUAUUAUCUGUUCUGAACUAUUCUGCGUCUCCCUGAGCCUUUUCUAGGUGGGGUGAAAACCAGGAUACAAUUCUAACAGCUGGUAGUUUUGUAACGAUGACUUUCUCCAAACCUUUUACAGACUUGCAGUUAACAGCGAUUAAAGGAAUUCUACAGAGUC